AUGCCCAACGUCCCCGCCGGCGCUCUCGAAGCCGGCAACACGGCACCUCGCAAGCGCUGCAUCAUUCCUCUUGCGGGGACAAUUCCCUCUGCGGUCGACCCUCACGACGCGCUGCCGGACGCAUGGACGUGGAGAGUGCCAGCCAUGACGACGGAGGACAGGGAGGGCCGGAGAAAGCCGCACGGCUGUCGCGACUACGACUACGCGGUGACGGUGAGGUGCGACAGUCGGCGGCGGCAUUGCUCCAUCUGUCCGCAGGGCGCGCGCGGGACUGUCGCUGCUGCAGGCCGCACAGGUAGAUGCGCGCGCACACAGGGCCGAUGUUUCGAGCUGUCGCGGGUGUAUCCAGGAUUCCAGCCCUCCAGCCCUCCACGAGUGCGAGUCCGAAAUCGCGGCAUACCUACCCCAUCGGCCCUGGGCGCUCGCGGACGGCCACCCUGCGGCGCGAGUCCGCCGGCGGUGCGAGCAGCGCGCAGCCAACCGGGGGAUUGUCGGCUGGCACUGCUGCCAGCGCCCUUGGCUCUCCGCCGUGCUGGGGCCGCCGUCGACGCCAUCAUCGUCCUAUUCCUCACGCGCAGCGGCCUGCCCAGAUACGCUGCCACGCGCGUUCCAGCCCAGCAUCCGCCCGGCACACGCCUGCAGCCGUGA